AUUUUAGUGAAAACAGCCGAACCAUAUAUGCAUACAUAUCCAUUUUUUUGCCUUUAAGUACAGCAACGCACACGAAGACAUUGCGAGGAAAGGAAACAAACCCUUUUUACCUUCUCUCUCUCUCUCCAAACCUUGUUUUUCACUCUUCUAUUCCAUAUUUCCACCCACCACCACUCUUAAAAGGUAACUCCUCUCUCUUUCGAGGUGGUGUUGUGGUGGUGGUGGUAGAGGAAAUCAAUAAGAGAGCGAGAGGAAGAGGAAGAGCUAGCUAAGCUUGGUUAUUAUAACACCCCCCCGCCCUCUGCCCUCUCCCAGUAAAAUUCGAUGAAAACCUCCACGAGAUUUCAAGAAACCAAAAACCCAUCUCCGAUAAACUCUCCUCGUAGCAAUGGAAGCAACAAUGGGGUCCAGAUUCACGCCCCACCACUCACUCCAAUACCCAUCUCCAGAUCUGACACUAACCCUUACCCAACAACCUUUGUCCAAGCAGACACUUCUACUUUCAAACAAGUUGUCCAAAUGCUCACUGGCUCAACAGAAACAGCAAAGCAGGCCUCCUCAAAAACAACCCAAGAUCCGCCAACAACACCAACUCAAACUUCAAGGGGCUACAACAUCCCUCCUAUCAAGAACAUGCCCAAGAGACAACAAAACAGCUUUAAACUUUAUGAAAGAAGAAACAACAGCUUCAAGAACAGUCUCAUGAUCAACACUUUAUUGCCUAGUUUUGCAAAUACCUGUAACUCUUCAUCGGUUACCGGGUUUUCACCAAGAAACAAACCGGAGAUCUUGUCCCCAAGCUUGCUUGACUUCCCUAGACUUACACUUAGCCCUGUGACUCCACUAAAUGAAGACCCUUUUAACAAGAGCUCACCUUCUUUAGGGAAUUCAUCAGAAGAGGAGAGAGCGAUAGCAGAGAAAGGUUUUUACUUGCAUCCCUCACCUAUAUCUACUCCAAGAGACUCAGAGCCUCAGUUGUUGUCACUUUUUCCUGUAACCUCGCCAAGAGUUUCAGGCUCUUCUUCUUGAAUAUUAUUCAAGUCAAAAGGAUUGACGAUGGUUUAUGGAUUGUUUUGAGGGAGAGUUUCUUUGGUGGUUUUUCUGAUAAUUGGGGACUAUAUAUUACCAUUAGGAGCUGACCACUGCAUAACAAUGUUAGUGGCCAUUUACUGCAUUUGAUGUCAAAGGAAAUUUUCAAAAAAAUAUAAUCAGCUUGGGUGGAGAUUAGUGGUAGUAUGUUUUACAACUUUUGAUAAGUAAUGCUUUCGUCCUAUUAAAUUAAUCAGGUCAAAUUUCCAAUUUGGAGUGUUAAUUAAGUUAUCUGAGGAAGGUAUUCUCGUCCUAAAAUGGCCCACAAACUCGAAGUUCUUACAAGUUCACUGCAUGCAGUUUUUAUGAACAUCUAUACCAUUGACAUGAGAAGAAAAAAACCAAUACAAGGGAGAGAUUACAUAGUAGAAAAGCAAUUUAUGCCGAGAGAAAGUGUGGGAUCAGAAUCGGAACAGUUCAAUAGCUCAUAUUAUUAUUUACCAUUAAUGUCAUAAAUAAUUUUACUGGUUUCUUGUU